CUAAAAACCUCUCAAAGUCAUUUCCUUGUUUCCUUCCUUCGAAGCUUCCUCGCUUUCCGUCUCGUCUCCAAAUUAUUGCCAUCAUACUACAUACGACCAUCCUCCAACUACGGGCUCCGCUGCAGAAUUCUGAGACACCCAUGGAUUGGGGAAACGUAACAGCGGAGGAUCUCAUCGACGCCCUCCGCGAGGUCGACUGGUCCUCGCCACCGCGCCCUCUCUCCGAAUUCUUCUCCAGAUUCACCGUCCCCAGAUCUUACGCCAAAUGGAAUAGCCGCCUCAAAUGCAAUCUCUACUACUAUCGAACCAACUACUUCAUUUUGAUCAUAGUCAUCCUUGGAUUGGGUUUUCUUCGGAGGCCUGUUGCUCUUGUAGCUGCUUUUAUGACGGCACUUAGCAUUGCUUUUCUGAAUGACAGCUUUGCAGGUACUUUUAGUGAGAAGGUAACAAGAUCAGUAAGGCAGUUCUCCCCACACUUGGCUGCAAAGAUGAGGCCUCCUCUUACGCCUGUUCUUCGUGGACGUCCAUCAGCUAAAAGAGCAGUAUAUAUUUGUGGUCGGCCUCGUUGGGUGCUUCUUUCAAUAUUCUCUACUGUGAGUUUCAUCCUUUGGUUUGUUUCUUGUGGUCUCUUAACCGUCUUAUGGGCUAUUGCCAUUGGACUGCUUGCCGCCAUCUCACAUGCAAGUUUUCGAACACCUAAUUUGAAAGCUCGUUUGAACACAUUCCGUGAGGAAUUUCGGGCAGUUUGGCGCAAUUAUAGUGAUCUGUAACUUGGAUAGAGUUUGCAGGAUUGAAUUGUUCCUGAUGCUCAUACCGGUCGUCAUUUUCAAUUUGGGAUCAGCUUAUGCUACUUCUGGUAUAAAUAAUUUCUCUUGGCUGCUACUGGAAUCUUAGGUGAAAGCUGCUAAUCUAUGCAGAUCACCCGCUUGUAAAUUGUCAGGAAUUCGUAUUUCUGUAAAGCAAACUGUUUUCAUUUGUUACUCGUAUGUAGAAUAAACCAUGGAGCAUUUAUAUGCGGUAAGCACAAAUGUUGCUGGGAUAUCGGGGCACACCUUAAAUGCCAACCCCAGUUUGUGACAGGAUUCGAUAUUGCUUAGUAGAAAUUUGUCAUCCAGUUGCCUGUAUGGAUGGUAGUAUCUUUUUUCCCCUUUUAAGUUUUCCUUGUUCAUUUUGUUAA